AUGGCCGAGGCGCGCGAGGCUCUUCUUGCGGAUGUGACAAAAUUAAAUUCCUCUAUGGACGCCAUGGCUCGCUCCAAGAAUUUGGCUGAAAAGGACCGUGACUUUUUCCGUGACCAAUAUGCGCAGGCUUCUGGUUUCGUGAGCGCCACUAGAGCCGAGAAUGUUGAGCUGGAGCAGAAAGCUAAGAUCGCAGAAGGCCAGGCUCGCGAUGGAGUUGCUCUAAUCAAGAGCAUGUACGAGAAGACUGUCGAUCGAUGGAGGGGUGUUUCCACCCUUCUUCAGGAGAAAGAUCGGCGAACAGAUGACCUUAUCAGACGACGUGCUGCCGAGCAACCUGAGCUUGCAGAAAGAUGCCGGCAACUGGAGUAUCAGGUGGACUCGUUGCAUGCUAACCUUGUCAAGCUUGGACGUGCUCAUCAAAAGUCUUCUGUGGAGCGCGACAAGCUUCAAGAUCUGAAACUCGACGGACUGCGAAAGCAAAAUCAGAAGCUGAACCCCCAUUCGGUGGCACUAUCAUAUGCCGAGCUCGAACCUGGUGAAAUUAUAGAGCUAAACUGGUCUGUCGGAUUCAGACAUCAGCUCCUUGAGCCAGGUGGACGCUUUAGGAGAUGUUAG